CUGGCUCCGAUACUUAUGGCGACCGCCACGUCCAACCACUACAGCGUGCUCACGUCCCCCGGCAGCGCGCCGCCGCCUCACUCGGAGUCCGGGAGCAUGCAGCAGGCGGCCGCGUACAGGGACGCGCACACCCUGCUCCAGAACGACUACGGCACGCUGCCGGGCGGCGGGCACCCGCUCAGCCACGCGCACCAGUGGAUCACGGCGCUGUCCCACGGUGACGGCGGGGCGCCGUGGCCGUCCAGUCCCCUCGGAGAGCAGGACGUGAAGCCCAUACUGCAUGACAGUGACCGAGAAGAGCUGCAGAACUCCAGUAGUCUGCAGCAGCAGCAGCAGCAGCAACAGCGACACCCUCACCUCGCGCACCAGCAGGCGCAUCACGACGCCAGAGCAUGGCGAACCAGCACAGCCACGACGCACAUCUCCGGCAUGGCGACGUCUGAGAGCCAGAGCCUGGUGUACUCCCAGUCCGGCUUCGGUCUGAUGUCCGGGGGAGAGCAGGGAGGAGGGAUGCACCACCACCCCCCCCUGCGGGACGAGGACCACCACAGCCACAGUCCGCACCUCAGCGAGCACGGGGCCGGCCCCGGGGCCCACCAGCACCACCAGCAGCACCAGCAGCACGGGGCCCACCACGACCAGUCGGACGAGGACACGCCGACCUCUGACGAGUUGGAGCAGUUUGCCAAGCAGUUCAAACAGCGGCGAAUCAAGCUGGGCUUCACCCAGGCGGACGUGGGGCUGGCUCUCGGGACGCUCUACGGGAACGUUUUUUCUCAGACCACCAUUUGCAGGUUCGAGGCGCUCCAGCUCAGCUUUAAAAACAUGUGCAAACUCAAGCCGCUGCUGAACAAGUGGCUGGAGGAGGCGGACUCCACCUCGGGGAGCCCCACGAGCUUGGACAAAAUCGCGGCGCAGGGAAGGAAACGGAAAAAGAGGACCUCCAUCGAGGUGGGCGUCAAAGGCGCUCUGGAGAGCCAUUUUCUGAAAUGUCCAAAGCCGGGAGCGGCGGAGAUCAACUCCCUGGCGGACAGCCUGCAGCUGGAGAAGGAGGUGGUGAGGGUCUGGUUCUGCAACCGGCGGCAGAAGGAGAAGAGGAUGACACCCGCUGGGGGACAGAUAGGAGGAGAAGACAUGUACGGGGAUACCCCACCUCACCACGGAGGACAGACUCCUGUGCAGUGA